GCGGUCGCAUCUCAUUCAACGAUACACGCUCGAAAUAAUUAGUUCAAACCAAUCGCGUCUCGAUAACACACGUGCUGUGAAGUGAUCAAAAUGUUCAAUAAAAGUAUGUCGCUUAUGGUGCAGACCAUAUUGGUCUUGAUGGAGAAGCAGAAUUCUACUGGAGUUCAGAUUAGUGUUAAUGAUGAUAUGGAUUUGGAGCGAUGCUACGAGUCGUUCGGGUGCUUUUCGAAGGCGUAUCCUUGGACGGAACAUCGGCCUGACAACUACUUCCCCGAGUCUCCUCAAUCUAUGCGCAUAAGAUAUCCAGUGUUUACCAGACGGAACAGGAAGAUACCAGUGUUACUAGAAGCUGACAACGUGGAAAAAGUACGCAACGCGAAUCUGGACCCCAGAGGACCUUUCUAUCUGAUCUCCCACGGGUUUUUGGAAGGUGGUGAUAAGAAAUGGAUCCAAAACAUGGCGGACGCCUUACUGAACCUAGUAGGCAACGAGGCUGCAACAGUCCUUGUGGUUGACUGGCGUGGAGGCUCUCAGCCGCCUUACGGACAGGCAGUGGCCAAUAUCAGGCUUAUUGGCGCCAUGACAGCUCAUCUCGUCCACGACAUUAAGGAAGUGUUGGGGCUGCAGAAUUUAGACAGCUUCCACUUCAUCGGACAUUCUCUAGGCGCGCAUUUGGGCGGUUACUGCGGGCACGCAUUACAAAAGAAAUUUAACUUGAAGCUAGGAAGAAUAACAGGCCUGGAUCCCGCUGCGCCGUACUUCAGUAAGACCGUGACGCUGGUGCGACUAGACCGGUCGGACGCGAAGUACGUCGAUAUCAUACACAGUAACGCCAUGCCGUUGUAUUAUGCCGGUCUGGGUAUGUCCGAGGCCAUAGGCCACGUGGACUUCUACCCGAACGGCGGCGUCAUCCAGCCGGGCUGCAAGAAGGUCGACAACCACGUGACCACGCUCAACGACGACAUGUACAAGUGGAUGGUGAAGUCGGUGGGCUGCAACCACGAGAGAAGCUACGAGUUUUUCACUGAGAGCAUCUCGCCGUCGUGUCCGUUUAUGUUCAUACAGUGCGAGUCUUAUGAGGCAUUCCUGGCCGGCAACUGUACUUCAUGCAGUCAAACACAACUGUGUAUCCCGAUGGGAUACCAUUCAUACAAGGCGUACAAGGAACUGCUGGAUCGAGAGCUUGUUGACACAAUCUCGAACGUCGCGCUGUACGGAAAAACUGGAAGCAAAAAACCUUAUUGCAGAGUGCAUUACGAAGUGGUGCUGAAGGUGUCCAACUCGACGGCCAGCAGAACGCACGGACCCGAUGUGGGAAGAGUGCAGAUCACUCUUAUAGACAGAAAUAACAACAAGAGCAAUCACAAGUUCUUGGAUGAGGAACAGAAAUACUACAAACCUGGCGACAUAGACAAGCAGAUGGUGGCGGUGAGGGACACAGGUCUGCCGCCGCUGUCGGUCAUGGUGGAGUGGAAGUACGAGACCAACCUGUUCAACCCAAUCACGUGGCGGCUGCUCAAAUCCCCCAGCGUCUACGUCGAGUACCUCAAACUGUCUUCUAUUGAAUACAAUACUGAUAUCACCGUGUGUCCAAAAAUGAAUAAACCAGUGGUUGCAAACCUACCUUCUGUGAUGAAAACUAAAUAUUGUAGAUUUUAAGCUGUAACACAGCUUUGAACAUUACAUAUUUAAAGAUCUCACUCAAAAGGUGCAGUUCUAUUAAAAUUCUCAUAUUUCUUUAGAACAAUAUAACAAUUCUCUGGCACACCCACUUUGUCAGUAAAAACAUGCGGCAAAUAAAAAAAAAAGUAGGCGUAAAGUGUUGACUUCCCAUAGAAAAUUUGAAUUUCGCGCCUUUUUUACUAACAAAGUGGGUGUGUUUGAGUAUCGUUUAAGCUUGGCCGGAGGGACAUGUCACAAGCAUUCUAUUUAUUGCAACAAUUUUACUUAGCAAAUAAGGUCGAUUUCAAGCAAUCUUUUUAUAGUAAUUCAUUAUUGCCAGGUGAGGCUUUUUUUGAAGUUACCGCAUUUUUUGUGACAUGAUUCGCUGACCAGUGUCGGUAUUCAAUGUGAAUAAAAUUCAUGCAUUGGAUUAUUGUGUGAGCAUAAUUUUUAAUAAUUAUUGUUAUCUACAUGUUUAGAGAUAAUAUCGGUUUUCAAUGCAAAAUCUAUACUGAAAGUAUUUAUAAAGUAUUUAUGGAUAAUUUUUAGAUUUUAUCUUUAAUUAGUCAUACCUAGUUUAAUUAACACCAUUAAUGAUAAUUACUUUACUUUUCUAUUUUAUAUAAAAUUAUGUCAG